CUUCGAUGAGCUACCGUAGGUCUAGAUCCUAUCUGAUUUCUCCCCAGCUCACAGCAUUGCGUUUCCAUCGGAUGAUUAUACCUCAUGACCUACAUGCUGAAGCCAUCUGAAGAGAUUAUUCUUUUGCUUCGCCAAUAGAUGCAGCUCAAAGUUUCGUGGUUUGCAAGGAAUAAGCUCGCCUUGGUCGAAGCUCCUUCACAAGAUGCUGUAGCGUUGGAUGCCAGCCCGGGGUCUGUCAAACUGUCCUAGUCUCCAACAUGGCGGCUGUGGGACGAGGUGUAAGCGCAUGCUUCCAUGGGAACCUGAAGACCGCCAACUUCAUGGUCAGGGCACAAGUAGAGCUGGAGCUCUGCGACAGGGUGUACAGCAUGGAGAGCGAUCUCGGACAAGAAAUCUCUGUUAAGGUUGAGGACUCAGAAAGGACAAUUGCCGCAAAACUGCUUGCCUUGAAGCCCGGCAUUGACAUCAAGGAUCAGCUGGUCGCUGGCAGCAGUGUGCGGCUUGCAGAUAGGGUCGCUUACGCCAUGUGGCUCGUCGAUGAUGCAGCUUAUGGACCUCAUCCCACUUUGAUAUGCACCUUUAAAGGUACUGCAACAUUGGAGGACUGGCUUUCAAACCUCCUCUUCCACACAGACAAAGCUGGAGCUGACGCACUGGACACUUUUCUCAAGGAGUGUCUGAAAAGGACAGCGCUUGUGCUGGAUGAUGUGAGGAAGGGAACGGAGUAUCGCAGUCUUCAAGUCCAUGCGGGCAUUAACCUGGAGAUGGGGACUGGCCUGUGGGACCUGCUCGAGGAGACACUCAACAUGGAGGCCAAGAAUCACCAUAGCAGGAAAUUGGCACUUGUUCUAGCAGGUCACUCAAGGGGUGGUGGCCAUGCAACGGCUCUGUUCGCCCAAGCAGUUCUACGAGGCAAGGCAGCAAUGUUUGCGGGAGGGGGGCUGACCACCUUUGGGGGAGUGCGAGUCAUCGGCACAAGAGAAGGUGUCCAAGUUGUAGAAGACGCAAUUAGGGGUCAUGACAUCAGAAUCAACAACUUCGUCAACGGCUGGGACAUCGUGCCCCGCCUCUUCGGAAAGCGCAGCUUGUGUGCCCUCGCCUCCGCCCUUGCUCCACUAGCGAAUGAGCCCCAACCCGAAACAGCUGCACUGUCGCUCGUUGCAUCCGGGAAUCUUCUGUGGUCCUUCUUUCGAUCCAAGUCUGCAGCCUCCGAAGACACCGGGGAUAACAAGCAGAUAGUCCCUGGACCAAGCAGCACAACGGCUCUUCUCACGAGGCUGAACGAUUUGACUGCAAGAGUCGGCCGGGUUGGAACCAGCUACCAAGUCCUAGGCCAGAUCCACUACCUGGUACUUGAUGACAUCAUCACCAGCAGGGACGGAGACGCCCCUCCUUUCGCGUGGCAGCACAUACUGCAUCUGUCGAAGGGUGUUCCCAAUCCAGUACUAGACCAUACGCUUGUCGCAUAUCGAACAAGUCUAGGGAGGUUAAGAUCGGGGUCCGUCAAGGUCUUCGUAGCGAAGAGCAGCCUUGACAAUGGCAUCCUCCAACGGCUUGCGUCAGCAGCUCCUGGCAUCGAAGCACCGAAGCCUCUGGAGGACCUGUCAAUCCAGAGCCCAACUGACCUGGUUCAAUCUGUCGUAUACGCUGGCAAGAACGUGCUGUUCUCCGAUCAAGACCUCACGGCUGAACUAGAGGGAGCGGCGUCCAGGACUGUCGUCUCCGGUGCUGAGGCGCACCGCUUGGCAGAGGUGGCUCUAAAGGGAUUCCUCUCCUCCGGUUCCGGACUUCUUCUUCAAGCAGCAGCAUCAGUGUACACCAUCUCGAUGUGCCACGUCAUAGACUCCACUUUGAAGAGCCACGUCGGGGACAUGAGAGAAGCGACCGCCAACAUCAGAAGUCAACUUUCGGAACUGAGGACGUCGGUUACGUCCCUGAGCGAAGCGUUGCAAAGCGGGCUGGAGAGCAUCCGAGUAACAGUGAAAGAAGAGUUCCAGAAAAGUCACCAGUUCGCGCUGCUGACAAAGCUAGAGCUGCUGCAGAUGAACCUGACAGACUUCCUUGAAGCUGAUGUUAGGAGCCGCUGUAGUGCUGCGGAACGCUGCCGUAGUUUCGCCGACGAGAUCUUCGCCCAUCUCAAGGCCUCCUUGAAAGUCUACAAGGAACAUCUCAAUGGCUGGGACAGGGUUCGUCACUACGAGCUGAUGGCCUUUGCGCUCCUCGCGCACAAGUGGGUGGAGCCGCGCGCGGAGUCACGCGCUCGCGUCGAAAGCCAAGUAGCAGAGGUUCUGGACCUCGUUUCCGCCGAAGCCGCGAGCAUCUUGGCGCACCCGCCGAUGCGCCUCCUCGUUGCGCACCAAGAUUCCGUGGAGAGGCUUCAAAGCCUGCUCCACAUCAAAGCGGCACUGACCGGCGAAACCGGCGGAACCGGAACCGGCGAAAUGCUCCCGCGCGCGCCCGCGUUCGAGCACUUCCGCGCCCCGCGUUUCAUCGAAGAUGGACUCACCGACGUGCGCCGCCUCGUCUGGCUGGAGAUAGAAGCUGGCUCGACACGUCUCGUCUCGCCGGAUACCUGCCACGUGGCCGAUUCACAGAUCGAACGCCUGCAAAACUCAGGCGUCUUCUAUCCUCGGCGUUUGACUGUCCUCACCUUGGGGGGUGACGAACGUCUCCUGGACAGCAUGACGGAAGAUCAGCUGACGUCAAGCCAGCGUUACGUGGCGGGGCCAGGAAUAGAAGCUACGCGGAGGUUUCUCGAAACUCAAUGGCCCAGGCAAACGGCGUUGCAAAGCUGGGGCCCAAACACCUGGGGAGAAGCGGGCAGCAGCAAAACAGUUUACGCUACUCUCCGGACUCCUUUCUCUGAGAGUCUUGACCAGGCGGCGGCGAAAGAGUGGGCCGAGCAAGUGGGGCAGCACGCGGGGGACGCCCUAAGGGACUACGAGCAGUGGCUACCUUGGAUACUGGCGGUCACGCAGAUUAUCAAGGAGAAAACGGCGGAAUUGGAUGCAAAAGGAAACCUGACGGACGGCGUGCUUAAGUUCCUGGACCAAAUACGCCGCCAAGCACUCCAGAAGGACGAUCUAGAGACGAGCAACACCGCGUGGCGCUUUCUGUUCCAAUUCUGCGCGAGCUUGGACACUUCCGCCGGUUCCUGGGCCUUCGUCGCGCGGAUCGCAGAAACGCUGCUCGAGCCGAAAAUGUUCGAGACGGAGGACGCCCGUUCCGCGAGCGCUCUGCUGCGGAAGCUGUGCGAGUGGCCGGAAGGACGGAAGAUCCUCGGCGCUCGGCUGUGCCCGAUUUUGCUGCGCGCGCUUGAGACGAGCCCUGACGGUGUCACUCGGACGCUUGCUGCUACGACCCUUCUAGAGCUGAUUCUCGACGAGGCAGUUGAUCUGCCGCCGUACGAUGCUUGUCAUCCAGUGCUCUUCAGCUCGCCACGUGGCACUCUAGCUGGCGGGGAGCCCGCCUAUCAGAUGCAAGCGCCGCCGGUUCUCGCACAGCUGCUAGCAGCCUUGCACAAAGGGACAGGUUCAGAUCUGGUACCAAGUGUCGAGCUGCUCCACGUGGCAAUCGCGGACGUUAUCAGGUGCUUUCACGAGCGCGAAUUAUAUGCCGAGAAGGAGAUGUGGCCUACGAUCGAGAUCCUUCUGCAACUUUUGACCGACAGUAACGAUGCCCAAAGGGCGCGACUGGCGUUAAGCGUGCUGCUCUCUGCGCGCGAGUGGUUCCGCGCGCGGUUGCGGGCCUGGGCUGAGUCCUUCAGAGCUUUGGUGGAGUCGGCUACAGCCGCCAAAGACAGCGAAGCCAAGAAGCGCAUCUUCGAGCAGCUGCAGACGCUGAAGCAACUAGAGGGCGAGCUCAAGAAGUGCAUCAACCGUCCGGAUCUGGAAGAGGACGCGGUUAGGAGCGCUUUUACGCUGUGUGUGGACUUGGAAUGCAGAGGACGAAGCGACGAGGCAAGUCGCGGGCCGGUAGCAUUUGGUCUCGCAGCACAGUUCCGGGAGACAUUCACGAAGAUGCUAGCCAGCGGCGAAAGCUUCACGGCCAAGGAAACGAAGGAGCUGAACUCGUUCUCGAGCGGAGAUCCUGUCAAUUCAGUCUGGAAUCCGUUCCGUCUGUUCUAUACCCCACGGAACGCAGCGGCGAACGCCGGAUCCAGAGAACUCCAGCUCAAGGUCCUCCGCAUCAUCGACAAGAGCCCUUGCGCAGAAAGCUCUCAGCUCGAGACGUCCGGGCAGAUCGCUUUGCUACUGGAGAAAUCGUCCGGCUCUCCAACAACUUGCUAGGUCGUCGGGUUUGUGCACAAAAAAGGGUACAGAGUAGCAUGUGGCUUACGUGUCGGCAGUACCUAGUUUCAAAGAAGUGUCGAAGAAGUCACACUAUGUCAAGGCUGGUCCGAUUUGCUUUUCAGAUGAGGAUACCAGGACACCUCAAGCAGUGGACCUGUAUCUGAUUCGAGAUCCUGAAAUAGACUCAGCUUGUAACAGAC